GGCACAUAAAACUCAGUACCUUGGCCCAGAGUGGACAGUACUGAGUUUCUGCUAGGGCCUGUGCUGGAUUCUCCGUCUUCUUCCAAGGGUUGGCUGUAUGAAGACACGGUAGCCACUGGAAACACCAACUUCAUCCUUUUUUCCCUUCCUUUUUUUCACACAAAGGUACUGCAUGUCUGAUAUUUAGACAUGUUCAGCUUUGUGAACCCACGGACUCUAGUGCUGAUUGCAGCCUUCCACGUUUUUCUAUUAGCAGUUGUCAAAUGUCAGGAAGAUACCCCGGAAUCAGAGACCUGUGUACAGGAUGGGCAGACGUAUAGUGACAAAGAUGUGUGGAAACCUGAGCCAUGCCGAAUCUGUGUUUGUGACACUGGAACUAUUCUCUGCGAUGAAAUAAUUUGUGAAGAAAUUAAGGACUGCCCCAAUCCUGAGAUCCCCUUCGGAGAGUGCUGCCCUGUCUGCCCUUCUGAUCAGACUGCCGGCCGUGGGCAAGUUGGUGCUAAGGGUCAAAAAGGAGAACCAGGGGACAUUAAAGAUGUUGUAGGACCAAGAGGACCACCUGGCCCACAAGGACCUGCAGGUGAACAAGGACCAAGAGGCGAACGUGGAGAAAAGGGUGAAAGAGGUGCUCCUGGGCCACGUGGCAGAGAUGGUGAACCUGGGACACCUGGCAACCCCGGACUUCCUGGACAACCUGGACCCCCUGGUCCACCUGGCCUUGGCGGAAACUUUGCUGCUCAGAUGGCAGGAGGAUUUGAUGAAAAAGCUGGUGGUGCUCAACUGGGUGUAAUGCAAGGACCAAUGGGCCCUAUGGGCCCAAGAGGCCCUCCAGGUCCACCGGGUACUUCUGGCCCUCAAGGUUUUCAAGGUAAUCCCGGAGAGCCUGGUGAACCUGGUCCUUCUGGUCCACUUGGCCCCCGCGGUCCUCCUGGCCCUCCUGGAAAACCAGGUGAUGAUGGUGAAGCAGGAAAGCCUGGAAAAUCAGGUGAACGUGGUCCAUCAGGUCCUCAGGGUGCUCGUGGUUUCCCCGGAACCCCAGGUCUUCCAGGUGUUAAAGGUCACAGGGGCUACCCUGGUCUAGAUGGCACAAAAGGUGAAGCUGGAGCUGCAGGUGCUAAGGGUGAAGGUGGUGCCUCUGGUGAAAGCGGUGCUCCUGGUCCAAUGGGUCCACGUGGUCUGCCAGGUGAGAGGGGACGUCCAGGCUCACCUGGUUCUGCUGGAGCUCGUGGAAAUGAUGGCAUGCCUGGGCCUGCUGGUCCUCCUGGUCCUGUCGGUCCUGCUGGAGCUCCUGGCUUCCCUGGCGCACCAGGUGCUAAGGGUGAAGCUGGUCCAACUGGAGCUCGUGGUCCUGAGGGGGCUCAGGGUCCCAGAGGCGAGGCAGGCAGUCCCGGUUCUCCUGGACCUGCUGGUGCUUCUGGUAAUCCUGGCACAGAUGGCAUUCCUGGAGCUAAAGGGUCAACGGGUGGUCCUGGCAUUGCUGGCGCUCCUGGUUUCCCAGGCCCACGUGGCCCCCCUGGUCCCCAGGGUGCUACUGGUCCUUUGGGUCCAAAAGGUCAAACGGGUGAUCCUGGUAUUCCAGGGUUCAAGGGCGAGCAAGGUCCAAAGGGUGAAAUUGGUCCUCUAGGUCCUCAAGGUGCUCCAGGUCCUGGCGGAGAAGAAGGAAAACGUGGCCCCCGUGGUGAACCCGGUGCCGCCGGCCCAGCUGGACCUGCUGGAGAAAGAGGUGCUCCUGGUAACCGUGGCUUCCCAGGUCAGGAUGGUCUUGCAGGUCCAAAGGGUGCCCCUGGUGAACGUGGAACCACUGGAGUCUCUGGGCCCAAAGGUGCCAAUGGGGAUCCUGGCCGACCAGGUGAACCUGGAUUACCUGGUGCUAGGGGUCUCACUGGUCGUCCUGGAGAUGCUGGACCUCAAGGAAAAGUUGGUCCCUCUGGUGCUGCUGGUGAAGAUGGACGUCCUGGCCCCCCUGGUCCUCAAGGUGCCCGUGGCCAACCUGGUGUAAUGGGUUUCCCUGGUCCAAAGGGUUCUACUGGUGAAGCUGGCAAAUCUGGUGAGAAGGGUCUUGCAGGUGCUCCAGGUCUGAGAGGUCUUCCUGGUAAGGAUGGAGAAACAGGAGCAGGAGGGCCCCCUGGUCCAGCUGGACCAGCUGGUGAACGAGGAGAGCAAGGACCACCCGGUCCUCCAGGCUUCCAGGGUCUGCCUGGUCCACCCGGUCCACCAGGUGAAGGCGGCAAACCAGGAGAUCAGGGUGUUCCUGGAGAAGGUGGUGCACCAGGUGCUGUUGGACCAAGAGGUGAGCGUGGUUUCCCUGGCGAGCGUGGUUCUCCUGGUGCUCAGGGUCUUCAGGGACCAAGAGGUCUGCCUGGUACACCUGGAACUGAUGGUCCUAAGGGUGCUACUGGUCCUACAGGUCCGGGUGGUGCCCAAGGUCCUCCUGGUCUUCAAGGCAUGCCUGGUGAAAGGGGUACAGCUGGUAUUUCUGGACCCAAGGGUGACAGGGGUGAUGUUGGUGAAAAAGGACCCGAGGGAGCUCCUGGAAAAGAUGGGGCUAGAGGUUUGACUGGUCCAAUUGGUCCUCAUGGCCCAGCUGGCCCCAAUGGUGAGAAGGGUGAAUCCGGACCUGCUGGACCUGUUGGAGCUGCUGGUGCUCGUGGGGCUCCUGGUGAUCGUGGUGAACCUGGUCCUCCUGGUCCUGCUGGAUUUGCUGGUCCUCCUGGAGCUGAUGGUCAACCAGGUAUCAAAGGAGAACAGGGCGAGUCUGGACAGAAAGGAGAUGCAGGUGCUCCAGGUCCUCAAGGUCCAUCUGGUGCCCCUGGCCCCCAGGGUCCAACUGGUGUGACUGGUCCCAAAGGUGCUCGCGGUGCCCAAGGUCCUUCUGGUGCAACUGGUUUCCCUGGUGCUGCAGGCAGAGUUGGACCCCCGGGCCCUAAUGGUAACCCAGGUCCUCCUGGUGCUCCUGGCUCUCCAGGCAAAGAUGGUCCCAAAGGUCUGCGAGGUGAUGUUGGCCCUGCUGGUCGUGCUGGUGAUCCUGGUCUUCAGGGACCUGCUGGAGCCCCUGGUGAGAAGGGAGAGCCUGGUGAAGAUGGUCCCUCUGGUCCUGAUGGUCCUCCUGGUCCUCAAGGGUUGGCUGGUCAGCGUGGUAUUGUUGGUCUUCCAGGUCAGAGAGGUGAAAGAGGCUUCCCUGGACUGCCUGGUCCUUCAGGAGAACCUGGUAAACAAGGAGCCCCUGGAAGUAGUGGCGAUCGUGGUCCACCUGGUCCUGUUGGCCCACCUGGUCUAACUGGUCCCUCUGGCGAACCUGGACGUGAGGGAAGUGCGGGUGCUGAUGGUCCCCCUGGCAGAGAUGGUGCUCCUGGUGUAAAGGGUGACCGUGGAGAAACUGGACCUGUUGGUCAGCCUGGUGCCCCUGGUGCUCCUGGUGCUCCUGGACCUGUUGGACCAACUGGUAAACAAGGUGACAGAGGGGAAUCUGGUCCUCAAGGUCCUGCUGGUCCAGCUGGCCCUGCUGGUGCUCGUGGUAUGGCAGGCCCUCAAGGUCCUCGUGGAGACAAGGGUGAGGCUGGAGAAACUGGAGAGAGAGGACAGAAAGGUCACAGAGGAUUUACUGGACUCCAGGGAUUGCCUGGCCCACCUGGUCCUGCUGGAGACCAAGGUGCAACUGGUCCUUCUGGCCCAGCUGGUGCAAGAGGUCCCCCUGGUCCUGUUGGUCCCAGUGGAAAAGAUGGUGCAAAUGGUCAGUCUGGUCCUAUUGGCCCACCUGGUCCCCGUGGUCGUACUGGUGAAACUGGUCCAGCUGGUCCUCCUGGUCAGCCUGGCCCACCUGGUCCUCCUGGUCCUCCUGGCCCUGGCAUUGAUAUGUCUGCAUUUGCUGGUCUUGCUCAGCCAGAAAAGGCACCCGAUCCUCUCCGAUACAUGAGGGCUGACCAGGCUUCCGCAUCUCUUCGUACCCAUGAUGCUGAGGUUGAUGCUACACUGAAGUCCCUCAACAGCCAAAUUGAAAGCAUCCGUAGUCCUGAGGGAUCUAAGAAGAACCCUGCCCGCACCUGCCGUGACCUAAAACUCUGUCACUCUGAUUGGAAGAGUGGAGACUAUUGGAUUGAUCCAAACCAGGGCUGCACACUCGAUGCCAUCAAAGUCUUCUGCAACAUGGAAACUGGAGAGACCUGUGUCUAUCCUAACCCAAGCAGUGUACCACGUAAGAACUGGUGGACAAGUAAGACCAAAGAGAAGAAACAUAUCUGGUUCAGCGAGACAAUGAAUGGUGGAUUCCAUUUCAGCUAUGGCGAUGAGAGUCUAGCUCCCAACACAGCCAACAUUCAAAUGACUUUCCUGCGCUUGCUGUCCUCUGAAGCCUCACAGAAUGUCACAUACCACUGCAAGAACAGCAUUGCAUACAUGGAUGAGGGCGCUGGAAACCUGAAGAAGGCAGUUCUGCUACAGGGAUCUAAUGAUGUGGAAAUUAGAGCAGAGGGCAACAGUCGGUUCACAUACAAUGUUUUGGAAGAUGGAUGCAGUAAACAUACUGGCAAAUGGGGCAAGACAGUACUAGAAUACCGAACACAAAAGACAUCUCGACUACCUAUUGUGGAUAUUGCACCUAUGGAUAUUGGUGGAGCUGAUCAGGAAUUUGGUGUUGACAUUGGCCUAGUGUGCUUCUUGUAAACAGGACAACAGAGAAAAAAAAUGACAUAAGUUACUAAAAAACCCUAAGGACAUGAGUAUUUUCCACUCUGCACUGGAUGGCUGAACCAAUUUCCCCAAACUUGUAUUCAUCUGCACGCUUACGUUUUGGACUCUUAUUUUUUUUUUUUUUUUUUUUUUUUUUUUUUAAUUAUUAUUAUUUUGAAAAGAAGGAAUUGAUUUCAAGGGCCAUAGCUGGGCAGACUGCGAAAUGAAACCAUUGGAGUUUAUUUAUUUAUUGAUAUCCUGUAAGGCCUUCGGGCCAGGUGGAGGUUGUGUCACUAACUGGUAUGGUUGAAAGCAUUCCCAUUCCCUAUUUCCUUUCCUCCUUCUCCUUUCCCCUUCCCUUCAACUUCCCGUGACUUGAAGUAAAGUCCCUACCCCGAGUGUGUAUUCACAGGAGGUACUGUGUAAAAUAAAAAUGGUGCUAAUGUUGUAAAACAAGUCUGUAUUUUUUAACAAUGAUUGAUAUAAAAAACAAUUUUGGAAACUACCAGUGAUCUGGGCAUUUACUUAUUUUUUAUUAAUUUUCGUGGUGACUUCCAGCAUUGUGACAUCUGCCCAUUCUCUCUUGAAUUUUGACAAUGAAGUCCUUCCCUGGUUUAAGCUACCUCAUACUUGAAAAAAAUCCCCAAAAUGUCUUGAUAGUAUACAAAAAAAAAAAAAUAAAACACUGAGCAAUAGAAGCACAGAUGCUGGGAUAUGUGCCUUAUAAAUUGCAUUUGUCUAGAAAUCUUCUGCUGUGUACUCCAAAAAUUAGGCUGCAACAGAAAAGAGCCUUACUUAGGCUCAUGGAUGCUGCCUUAAAUGUCAGAUUUAGAAAACAAAAAAAUAAAAAUAAAAUAAAAAAUAAAAUAAAAAUGAAGGGGCCCCACUGCAGAUUCAGAGGAACUGACAAUCAUCAUUUCAGCUUUGCCUCUUGUAGAGUGGCCAAACUGUGAUGCCUGGAGAUACUCAUGAAGACUGUGAGAUGAAAAGCUCAACUCAAAAUAAUGUAAACAAAUGUAAAAAUUAAGAAACUGUGACAACAAACUGGCAUUGUAGUAAAUACGUGGGUGAGACAUUGAUUCCAGAAAUCAAAUAGUUCUGGCCAAUAUAGCUUUCCUCCUUGUCUUCGUCUCUCCUUCCAGUUUUAGGCAUGUGGUUCCAUAUAUUUUCCAAACCUCUUUACUGCUGAACUCCCAAACCAUCCUCUGGUAUAUUUACCUUUCCUGAAGCCUAAAGAUUAGUAUAAUGAGCUGUGAAGAAAUCUGUAAUCCAGAAAGAAGUUCUGGGUUUGAUUCCCACAACCUCUGCUUGCAUACUAUGUAGCUCUGAGUAAGUCACUUAACUUCCCUAGUGCUCUUGGGUCAGCCUGGAUAGAAGUCACUUUUGCCUAGUGGGCCUUUACCCAGUUAACUAAAAACUGCAGUAAUAUAAAAUCAAAUAAGUAAAUGAACUAGACAGAUUGCAAAAUAGGCAAAACACUUCCUCCAGCGACAAGAUAUUCUUUGGGACAAAAUGACCAAGGCUGUGUUCUGUUUUGUAUAUGUAAAAUAGAUUGAAGUAUUUUGCAAUACAGAUCUUAAGCACAGUAAGUUAGGGGGUAAACUCUAACUGCCCGUAUCUAAUAUUCCAUGUGAAAUAAUCACAUCACAUUGUAUUAUAUUCCCUGAGUCCUCCCUGCAAUAAAGGUAGAGAGCUUUUUUCUCUAUUAAAAAUAAAACACAUUUGUUUGAGUAUUUUUGUGUGUAUUAAUUUCCAUCCUAUGAUGUACUCUUUGUUGAAUAAUGUUUAUUUUACUUGGGAUAUUUCAAAACAGAAAGCGAACCACCAUAAAUAAAAAAAUAAUUAAAAACUAA